AUGCAUACUAAUCUCAUCAUUCUCUUCACCUUAACACUCAUCUUUAUCACCACCACCACCACCACCACAUUUGCCAACUUUAACCACCAUGCACAACCCUUAGAACAUGAUCAAACUCCACUUGACACUUCUAAUGCAAUAAAACCACCACAACAUGGCCUUCCACCUAAACAUAAGCCCCCUCAACCCCCACACCACGACCACCCACAACCAGAGACCGACGCUGAAGAUGUGAAAAAACCACCUUAUAAGGGCGACAAACCACCAUAUAAGGGUGGCAAACCACCUUAUCAUGACCUCCCACCCGUGCAUAAGCCACCAAUUAAAAAGAAACCGCCCCAUGGUCGCCAUCCACCGGAGAUUGACAACACCGAAGCUACAUAUAAGCCGCCACAAGGAAGGAAACCGCCGCAUUAUGGUCGCCCGCCGAAGUUGGAUACCAAGCCAUAG